AUGGGAAACAAAGUGUAUAUCAUAAAAUCGGCAGACAAAUCAAUUUUUAAUUAGAAUCAAUCACUAGAAGAUUAAUUUGAAAGUGUGGGAGGGUAAUCUUUCCCACACAUUGAUCGAGUUGAACUUUAUAGAUUAAAAAAAGAGAAUACUAAAUAUGCAACCAUCUUUGAAAAAAGGCAUUCGAAUACAGCAACUGAUGAUGAAGGGCCAUUGUUAGAACUUCAUGAAUAGCUAAUGCUUCUAAAGCAUAAUCAUUUGGUUAAAUAUUAUGGUUUAUGUAUUGACCCUAAUCUCACUACAAAUUAACAAAUAAGCAGAUGGUUUUAUGAAGCAGUUUAUAAAACUUUGAAAUAGGUUUGUGGACAUCAUUUUUCAAAUAAGAGUUAUAUUCCAGAAAGGUAAUUAUGGAAGAGUCUUCAUGAAAUAUUAUUAGCCUUACAUUUUCUUGAUGCAAGAUAGAAAUGGCAUACUCACAUUCAACCUGAUUCAAUUUACUUAGAUAAAAACGAUACUGUCAAACUGAUUCCUAAGGGUGUUCUAAGACUUAUGAGUGGAUAUCAAAUAGUACUCACAGGAAAAGGAUAAGCCUUGUUAUCUCCUUAACAGAUGGAAGGUUUGAAAUAAAAGUUGGAAAUUCCAAUUCAUGAUAUUCAAAAGUCUGAUGUUUUUUCACUAGGAAUGACAUUUUUGGAGUUGAUGACACUCAAGGAUAGCUUUGAGUGCUAUAAUUAUGAUCUUCAUAAUCCAUACAUUAAAGAAUAAAUAUUGUAGGAGAGACAACUAGAAAUUCAAAAUAUUGGAUAUUCUACUGAUCUAGUGAGGAUUGUCUUGACCAUGUUGUAGUAUGAGGAGAUAGAUAGACCCACUUUUAUGGAAUUAUUAGUAUUUAUUUUUACAUAUAUAUAGAACUCCAAUGAAGUUACUUAGAAUCUAGGAAACUCAAGAAAUAAUCCAUUGCAACCAACAACUCACACUCUUAAAUAAGACCUAAAGAUUUUUUAAAAUAGAUUUCCAUCUGAUUCUUCUACUUUGCAUAUAGUUUAGCCAAGUAUCCCUAUUACCAAUAAUCAAUAAUAAAUACAAUCCUCUCCUAUUAGAAUAUAAUCAUAAGUGGUUCCUCCUCAAUAUUUACCAGUAAAUAAUCCUAAGCAACAAGAAGUGGAUCGCCAAAGAUAAGAGCAGAUUUUAAGAGAAUAACAGAUACAAUAACAUCUACAAUUACAAUUAAGAUAAUAAUAAUAACUAUUACAACAAUAGGAAUAGCAGUAGCAAUAGUAAUAGCUGUUAAUUUAAUAACAAUAGCAAUAAAUACUUCUUUGUUAAUAAUAAUUAGAUAAGUUAAAGAACUUAGCACCCUAACCAAAAAUAAAGGAACAAAAAGCACCAAAUCUACAGGAUUACAUGAUACAUCCAUUACCUACUCCACCAAUUGUAUUGGAUCCUAACGCACGAAAUUCAACUAUCGAUGAAUUUUAGGAAAGCCAAGAACUAAAUAAUAGAAUAAAUUCUGCUUUAGCUUUAUCGAGAUAAGCUAUUAAUAAAUAUAAAUGA